CUCAUCGCCAGCAUUUCACCAGUUAUCGACAUUUCUUUCAAACAAAAAUCAAAUAAAAUGAUUUCUCACAAGCGUUUGGCUUUUGCCAUUACCAUCAUGUGCCUUUUAGUUGAGCUAGCACUGUCCAAGCAUCCCAGGAUAACAAUGCAUUACAAGUUUGAUAUCAAACUGCAAAAUGUCACAAGGUUGUGUCAAACAAAGAGCAUAGUGACAGUCAACGGCCAAUUUCCAGGGCCUACGAUCACUGCAAGGGAAGGAGACAGGCUGUUAGUUAAAGUUGUUAACAAUGUUCAGUACAAUGUCUCUAUUCACUGGCACGGAGUCAGGCAGUUGAGAAGCGGGUGGGCUGAUGGGCCGGCAUAUAUCACCCAGUGCCCAAUUCAGACGGGGCAGAGCUAUGUGUACAAUUUCACCGUUACUGGCCAAAGGGGAACCUUAUUUUGGCACGCCCAUAUUUCAUGGCUUAGAGUUACACUCUAUGGACCUAUAGUCAUCCUUCCGAAACGAGGAGUCCCCUAUCCGUUCCCACAGCCCUACAAAGAAGUCCCUAUAAUUUUUGGUGAAUGGUGGAAGGCAGAUACGGAGAGAAUUAUCAAUCAAGCAUUGCAAACAGGAGGAGCCCCAAAUAUUUCUGAUGCCUUCACCAUUAAUGGCCUGCCAGGACCCCUGUACAAUUGUUCAGCCAAAGAUACCUUCAUACUAAAGGUGAAGCCGGGAAAAACAUACAUGUUGAGAUUGAUCAAUGCUGCACUAAACGACGAGCUUUUCUUCAGCAUUGCUAACCACAACCUGACUGUUGUUGAUGCUGAUGCCGUGUACGUGAAACCAUUUAAAACCAAUACCGUUCUUAUCACUCCUGGACAGACGACAAACGUCCUCCUCAAGACUAAAAACCAUCAUCCAAACGCGACCUUCCUCAUGGCGGCCAGGCCUUAUUCCACAGGGCCUGCUGCAUUCGACAAUUCCACCACAUCCGGGAUCUUGGAAUACCAUCUCCCUUCUAACUCAACCAAGAAAACCAACAAACUUCCACUUCUAAAACCAUCACUUCCCAUAUUCAACGACACAACCUUUGCCACUAAUUUCAACAAGAAGCUCCGGAGCUUGGCUAAUUCAAAUUUCCCCGCAAAAGUUCCUCAAAGAGUGGACAGGAGAUUUUUCUUCACAGUCGGGCUAGGACUGAUCCCCUGCACGAACCCCAAUGGAACCUGCCAAGGCCCGAACAAUACAAUGCUGGCAGCAGCUGUUAACAAUGUGUCAUUUGUGAUGCCAAACACAGCCCUGCUUCAGGCUCACUUCUUUAACCAAUCAAAAGGCGUCUACACCACAGAUUUUCCAGCCAACCCACCGUUCAAAUUCAAUUACACGGGCAAUCCGCCGAGCAACAUUAUGGUGAGCAGCGGCACAAAAGUGGUGGUGCUGCCAUUUAAUACUAGUGUGGAGCUGGUGAUGCAGGAUACGAGCAUAAUUGGUGCAGAAAGCCACCCGCUACAUCUCCAUGGGUUCAACUUCUUUGUAUUGGCCCAGGGAUUUGGGAACUUCAACCCGAAUAAAGAUCCGGCUAAGUUCAAUUUGGUUGAUCCGGCUGAGAGAAACACCGUCGGGGUACCAUCGGGGGGCUGGGUUGCAAUUCGGUUUUUAGCAGAUAAUCCAGGUGUAUGGUUUAUGCAUUGUCACUUGGAAGUUCAUACGAGUUGGGGACUGAAAAUGGUAUGGAUUGUGAUGGAUGGAAAUCGCCGGAAUCAGAAGCUGCCGCCUCCGCCCUCGGAUCUUCCCAAAUGCUAAUUGGGAUAUGAUUAUCCUCUUCUUUUUGUUUUUUAAGAGUUUGCUAUUCAUUCUUUCUCAUUUUCAUAGCCAUAUUAGAGAAAAUGUACAACAUUUUGAUAUUCAUGUGUAACUUUUUGAGCAAAUUUAUAGUCAAAUUUUUGC